AUGGCCUCCAGUUCUACAAGAUCUAAUGCUGAACUUGAGCAGAAAAUCAAAAGGAGGAGAGGCAAGAAGGAGAGGUCCAAAGAGAUUAAGACAGCCAGUGAGAAAAGCCUGUCGCCUGCUCCUAAUGCCUCCUCCAUCAAAGGGCCCCCAAAACUGGAACCUAGCAGGAAACAAACAAAGAGGGUUGUAUGGACCAUCAAUCAGUCGGAAGACACAAAGCUGUGGAUGAGCAAACCAAGGAGCUCCAGCUAUCGUCCUGAAGACCUGGAAGCCUUCUUCAGACUUCUAGAGGAUCCCAUCAGCCAGAGCCUCUUGGAAGCUGAUAUUUACUUCAAAGUGUCUGACAAGUACCUGCUUUCCAUGGUGGUGGAGUAUUUCGGCCGUGUUGGGCUGCCUGGACACAUCUACAACAGGAUCCACUUCUUUCUGGCCCUGUACAUCGCCUCGGACAUGGAAGAGGACGACCCCAUCUCCAAGUGGAGCAUCUUCCACACCCUGCUGGGCAAGGGAUUCUUGGAUGAAAUAGCCAACACGUUCCUGAAGAUGAGGAUGGAGUUCUUUUACUCAAUGGGCUAUCGAGCAUGGUUUAGCCGCGAGCUCUGUGAGGAGAUCCAGGCACAGAAUCCACAGCACUGGGUCUGGAGCCGGGUGCGCCAGUGCAGCCCCUAG